GUCAUGAUGACAUUGACAUUGUUUUCAAUAUCAAUUCUUUUGACAUUGUCUUUGAGUCCCAAAUUUACAAAAAUUAGAUAAUUUGUUUAAUUGUAAAGAAACUGUAAUAUCUGAAGGGAUUAUAGGUAAGAUUCUUUACACAAGAGGAUAAAUUAAAUGUAAGAUGUCUAACGGCCCGCAUCGACAUCUUUGGCGAAUAGUCGUCCAAAAUUUUAUAAAUUCUUUGAAACCGCGGCCAUUUAGAGGGAAUCAUAUGGGUAAAGAUUAUGCAGGAAAUAUUUAUUAUGAAAUACCUGCAGAUCCCAGCAGAGGUAAAAGAAAGCCUUGCCGUUGGUAUGAUCCACCAAAGGGAAAUGAUUUUCAAGAUCCAAUACCAGCAGAAUGGGAAUCAUGGUUAAGAAUGAGAAGACAAGAUCCUCCAACAGAAGAGGAAAUCAAACACAAUCUAGCUAUUGCCAAGCUGAAGCAAGAGAAUGCAGCAAAAAUAGAAGCUAAAAGGUUGUUAGAUGGAGGUUCAUUGCCCAUAACCCCAGAAAGAGGUGCACAAUCAUUUCCCACAUAUUCAGAUUACUAUGGAGGAGACCCUGACAAUGAAUAUAGGAAAAAAUGAAUUUAAAUGUACAGAUUAAUUAUGUUAGAAUUUUAGUUUAAUAUUUAAAAGGAAGUGAUUAUGUUAAA